AAGCCCCGCUGAGCAGUGACAUGGGUGGCUGGACAUCUCGCGAGGCGACGCUGCGCCCGCUCUUGACGGGACUGGAUGCUGCUGGGAAAACCACGCUUUUGUAUCGGCUGGAUCUGGAGGGCAUUACGCACGAAAUUCCGACAAUCGGCUUUACGCUACAACGGUUGCGUCUUCCAAAAAAACGGACGGAAUUUGUCUCGUUUGAUGUUGGCGGUCGAGGAUACAUCCGGCCUUUGGCUCGUCAUUUCUUCCAGGCCAUCAACAGCAUCAUCUUUGUCGUGGACGGCAAUGAUUCAGAGCGACUGGAUGCGGCCUGGCACGAGUUGCGGCGCCUGUUAGAAGAGGAGAGCCUGGCAGAAACGCCUUUACUCAUCCUGGUCAACAAGCAGGAUGUACCACAGGCUCUCCCACUCUCAAAGGUGGUAGCUAGCUUGCAGAAUGCCAAGUAUCAUCGCCACUUUCGCGGGCGCCGGGUCCUGGAGUUGGGUUCGGGCUGCGGACUUCUCGGCAUUGGCCUGGCCAUGCUGGGAGCCCACGUGACGCUGACAGACAUGGGGGAUGAGGUGAUCCAGGGCAAUCUGCGUUCCAACGCCCGCCUCAACUGGCAGGAUGAUCUGCCGACCACCCACACCGUCAAGGUGGAACCGCUGGACUGGACACAGCCCGAGGCUGCGCUUGAGCGCCUGGAGAUGCCUUAUGAUCUCGUGGUGGCCACCGACGUCGUCUACAAGGAGCAGGAUGUGCCACCCUUGGUGCACACGUUGGAGACGGUGGUUCGACCAGGCGGCUUGGCCUGGGUUACCAACGAGGAUCGCAAUCACACGGCCACCCAGCAGUUUCUCGACCAACUGUCAGUCGGUUUUGUCGUCAAGCACAUUUCCCUCAGCAAAUUGGAUGCUGAGUUUCAACACGAGACACUGUACAUGCUGCAGCUCCGACGCCGUCGCGAUGCAGGCGCUGCUGCAAGCGAAGAUCCCAGCCUCUAG